AUGAAGGAAUCAACAAAUGUUACCAAUAUUCUCUUUAUGACCGCUUUUAGCGGUCUUCUCAUCGGUUUCAACCUGGCGUCCAUGACGGGCAUCCUCGAUGUCAUGAAGUUCUCAUCCGACCCAACGGUGCCGUUUCAGCGAGAAAUGUUAGCCUCCAUGAUACCCUUUGGCUCAAUAAUGGGGGCUCUCGUAACUUGGCUCAUCGUUGAUCAGUUCGGGGCACCGAAGACGUUGGGUUGGGCCACUCUGGUGUGGGCGAUUGGAAGCGGUCUCAUGGCCAACUCAGGAAGGCUUACGCUUCUGAGUAUCGGAAGAGGCAUAGCCGGCGUCGGGGGUAGAAUGCUCAGUGCGAUUGUGCCUGCAUAUAUGGUUGAAAUAGCCCCAAAGGAAAGUCGGGGAUCAUACAUGAGCCUCGGUAUCCUGUUGAUAAAUGGCAUCCAGUUCAUGGCAACCCGGCUCCUUGGGGACAAGUUUUCCGGAAGCGAUCCGCUCAACGACCCGCGCCCUGUGGUUUACGCUCUUCGAAUCUCAUAUCUCCUUCAAGCCAUCCCUGGCCUUGCAUUCCUGCUGUUUACAAUGUUCUUGCCUAACAGCCCGUAUCACCUUGCCUACAAGGGCCAUUGGCGCGAGGCCCACGAACUGAUGGCUGCGCUGGAAAAUCGAAGGACGACUGAUUCCAAAGUUCUGGCACACUAUGAACAAAUGCGACAAGAGAUCCAAGCUCGACGCGCGGAUGGACAGCCUCAGCUGCGAAUGUUGUUCCAUCCUUCGGAAAGGUAUAAGCUCAUACUGGGCAUGUUUACGCAGUUGUGGAACCAGCUGUGUGGCAUACAUGUUUUCUUGUACCACACUACCUGGACCAUAGGUUCAGCGGGAGUCGCUUGGUUCCAUUUGGCUGUGUUCUUUAUAUAUCUAUUCAACAUCCUCAGCACCGCGAUGUCGGGCUCGACACUACCGGAUGGUGUGGGUCGGCGACCGACACUGAUGGCCGGCUCCAUAGUGAUAAUAUCAUGUCUUAUGACAAUGGGAGUGGUCCAGGUCGCAUUUACCAAGCUCAACUUGGGGGACCUCGAGGGCACUUACUUUGACGACAUCCCCUAUGUCAUCCAAAACCCCGGGGCUUCCAAUGCCGUGAUGGUUCUUGCUUCUCUGUUUAUAGUCACAUAUGCGGCUACAUGGGGCCCAACGUCUUGGACCUAUUCAACAGAGAUACUCCCGCCUUACCUUCGCAGCAGAGGGGUUGCGCUGUGUACGGUGUCCUAUUGGGUCGGCAAUUUGAUCAUGAGCCUUGCGGUACCUCGCAUGCUCAUGAGGUUCGAUGCCAAGAUAUACUACCUAUUCGCCCUCUUCAACUUCUUUGCUUUUUCGCACGUGGCGGCUGAAGCUCGCGAGACCGAAGGAGGCCCGCUGGAGGAAAUGGACGAUCUCUUCAAUUCAGGCCGCUUCGCAUGGGAGAAACAGCCGAGGGGGGUCAAGUUUGAUUUCUUGGUAUCACGGUUUGAGAAUCACCCGGCUGUGGUUGACAAUACUGCUGCCGGGCCGGAGCAGGAUAGUAUUGAAUUGGAAUCAAUGGACGGCAAUACGAUCGGCAAUACGAUCACCAAUACGAUUACCAAUGGAGCUGCUGUAUAG